CCUAAGACCUUUAUUUUGGAAUAUACAUGAGAAUAAACUGAGUUUGCAAACUAAUUACUGCACCUAAAAUCUAAACAUAGCAACGCCGACGUAAUUUCCCCCUGUUGUUUUAUGCGUACGGUAGGCCUACUGCGAACUAGUCGACACGAUAUCGCCGAAAAAGUUGUGGAAGCGAUCGAAUAUGUAAUCAAAGAAAAAAAAACUUCAACUUGAGUUCGACAGAAAAUGACGAGAGCAAAUUGGAGGCCCUACAAAUUUGAUGAUUAGUUGCAGGACAUCCAGGAAAAUACUUUGUAUUCUGAUGACUAGGCCUAUGCAAUCGUAAAUGGAUACUAUCUUGUCGAUCAACACUGAUGAACGAACAUUUUGAGCACAAAGUUUCCACUAAUAGCGCGACCCCCGGAAAUGCACCCAUCGUUUGCAAGGAUGGUAAGGAUGCAGUAGCCAUUCAGUAUGAUUCCAUUCUCCAUUGACUGAGGUCUACCUGACAUAGGGGUUAUUGUGAUGACAUCCCCACAGCCCGUAGCCCGUAAUCACAGGCCUUCGCAGCAGCUCCCUGCCCAACCGGAGGCCCGCCCCCGGACCCUGCAGCUCAAACUUGAGGAAGGCCAGCUCAGGAAGAGGAUCCAUCUCUUUGAAGAAUUGACCUCCCCCAAAUCAAAAGAUGAAAGCAAAGGAGAAGACACCAAUAAUGGCUUUCGGUGCAGGCAGCCCAGGGUUAUCAGCCCGGAACAGAAGCGCUGGACGCAACUGGACUUCACCAACGAGGAGCUGGGCAGUCGGAAGGAAGUCUCCCGUCAGAGGCACGCGCAGCACACCAUGCAUCCUGGACACAAGAGAAGUCCUGUGUUGCCGCCUCCGCCGAAGCCUCUGCUAUCACCAAGGAGAGGAAAGGUGGAGAUCAAAGUGCCACCGUCAGAACCUUUGGUCAACGGAAAGCCAGCGGUCCAGGCGAAACGAGAAAGACCACUGACAGUGACAGGAGACGAUGCUAGAGCAAAGAGAGACGAGAAGAACAGGAACUCUGUGCUGGCACUUGUGAGUGCCUUUGAGAAUGGCAAGUCCACUGUGGCUGUUGAACGGAAGUCAAAGAUGCUGACGGUUCCAGAGAGUGGAAGGGUACGAACAAUCAGUGAGACCAGUGAGUCUACGUCAUCGAACGGGACAAUGUCCUUGUCACGGAGGGACCCUGAUCGUCUGACGCCUUCUCCGCUCCAGAAGAAUAGAAUGUCUCGUAGUAUGGACAGCUUGGUGAAGGAGUUUGAGAUAGUUGCAAUUGAUCUUAGUCGGAACAGCACCAGACAUAGAAGCGAUGGCAGCUCCUCACCAGAUAUUGUUAUCACUAAACCAGAUCCUGAUCCCCAUAACGGAGAUCCUGUUCCCAGUAAACCGGAUCCUGUUCCCAGUAAACGAAAUCCUGCUCCCCAUGACGGAGAUCUUGUUCCCUGUAAACCGGAUCCUGUUCCCAGUAAACGAGAUCCUUUUCCCAGUAAACGAGAUCCUGCUCCCCGUAACGGAGAUCCUGUUCCCCAUAAAGAAGAUUGGGUUCCCUGUAGACCAGAACCUGUUCCCCAUGAAGGAGAUCUUGGUCCCCAUAAACCAGGAAGGACCUUUGAACAAGAUAUUUACGAUGAGAGUAAAUUACAGGAAAGUAAAACAAAGCCGCAGGUGAUAGUGAUAGUGAACGGUGAAGAUGAGGAAAGUGAGAAACCGUCCAUAACCAGGCUGACAAAGCCCAAGCGAACUUACGAGCAGGAUGUGUACAACAAGAGUAAAGCAUUGCGGUUGAAACAUUGCUUGUCCAAUGGAGAUGCCUUGAAGGAGAUCAAAGCACCCGAACCAGUGCCAAGAACAAAGAGUGCAAGGAGAGCCAUUUUACCUCCUGAAUACUAUCAGGUCAAUCCUGAGAACACCAGUAGAAACCCAAUAGAACCCAGUAGGAACUGCAACCACAAUGUCGAAACGGAAGACACUGGCCUUUCGAAUGGCUAUCUAGGGUACGAGGAGGUGUCAGGAGAGUUCUUCCCCAUACCUGGGAAGCGUGUCUUUGAUCCUCUAGUCAUCGACAACAACAACCAGUCAUCAUUCUUGAAUAUGCUCAAGUCCCCUGGGGGUCGGAGGCAUAGGAUGACCUCUUCCUCACCUACCCAGGCCAAGACCCACCCCACCUCCCCACCCCCUCAAAUCCCCCAAACCCCACCACAACCCCCCAGCCGCACCCCAAAACGACAUCAGCCACCUAGCGUCAAUGUAAUAUCCUCUGAAACUUUUGCAAAGGAGAAGGCCAGGCUGUUAUCACCACCCACGUCGCCGCUCAACGACUCAGGCUGCAUCUCUCCGGAGACGCAGCGGCGCAUGACCGACAGUGCCUUGAUCGGAAACCUCUCACCUAGGGCGCAACGUAGGAAUAUGCAGGAGACACAGAGGACAAACCUGUCGCCUAUCAUGGGAGAAUAUGCAGAGCCCAUCAACAUCAAGCGAUCUUUUAGUGACGAGAGUCUAGCCACUCUGCGGAGGCCAGCAACGGUUACUGAUAACCAGGGCUACUCUGUCCCCGGAAGCCAUCUUUGGGAAGCGCCCAAGUUUCACACCAUGAAGCCUAAGUCAUCAGCAAAAUUAGUGAUAGAACAAAGACUUCACUCGAAUUCAAUUUCUCAGCCUGUACUCAGACGACAGAAACCCCCUAAAUUGGAAGUGGAAGAGUCCAGGGAUGUUAGUUGGAAUGGAUGCACACAGGAGGUGGUGAGACGUCCCACUAAGACAGCGGGGGUGCCAGCUCAGGAUGUCAAGAAGGAGGGAGGAUUCAGACAGAGGAGCAAGUUGCUGACAAUGAGGCGGAAGAUCAACGAUGCAUUCCGCCGGAAGCCUCAUCAUCAGAAGACGGAGGACGACAGGAUAUCGGUGACCUCGGAAGGAAGUGAUUCUGAGGUCAAUGAGCAAAUUCUCAAGUCGCGGCUAACAUAUGUUCGCACCAUGAGAUUACGGUCAUCGGUUUACUGUACGAUGCCGGCUAGGGCCCUGCAGUACUCUAAACUCUACGAAUACGCUGUCAUCGUUUCGCUCAAAAUCAACCCGGAGACGAGAAGAUACGAGCCAUACGAAAUGAGAAGGUUUCCCCAUGAGGUGAGUGACAGUCAAACGGACAAGCUCAGAGCCAUCCCAGAGUUCUGCUUUCCAGAUGCCUUCAAGUGGGCCCCAGUUGAACAGUACAACAGCGAGAGCUUCUGCUUCGUACUCACAAGUUCGGACGGAUCAAGAGUCUACGGCUACAACAGAAGAAUGCUGCCCCCUGGUAAAGGUCCUCGGUUACCGGAGGUGGUGUGCGUGAUGAGCCCUAUAGGAUGCUAUCCGAUCUACAACCAGCUCCUAGAUGAGAUCGAGAACAGGAGAAAACAUUCCAUGGCUGCUGUUGAGAACUUGCUCAAGCUCUCCUACGAGAGCCCCUUCCCAAGGCCGGGACAUUGCAUAAAGGUCUCCACUCCGCCCAAUAAUAACAACAGGAGAAAAAACAUUGGCAGCCACCUUCACUACCUGCAAGACCCCAAGCCCCUCCUACUUCAGAGACCGGCAGAUCAAAGACUGGAACAUGUUGACUUUGACACGUUAUUCAACUGUCUGAGUGUGAACAGGAUAGUUCAGAUCUUUGCGUCGUUAUUACUGGAGAGGAGAGUUAUCAUGUGCUCAGGGAAAUUAAGUAAACUGUCCAGAUGUUCUCAGGCGUUAGUAGGUCUCCUGUAUCCGUUCUCAUGGCAACACGUCUACGUACCGGUCCUACCCGAGAAGCUGAUUGACAUGUGCUGCUCACCGACGCCCUACAUCAUGGGUAUGCUCUCACUCUGUAUACCAAGGCUAGAGGAGAUGCCACUUGAAGAGGUCCUGGUCGUCGAUCUCGAUGCAAAGGACUUCUACACCGUGAUCGGUGACGAGGGAACUAUCUUGCCAAAGAAACUAUCAGCAGCCCUCGAGAGGGCGCUAAAGGUUUGCAGUAUGAGCAGCUGGGAGGGAGCCGACACGGACGAUGAAUUAUCAGAAGACCAUGAGUCGAAGAACAGCGCCAUCUCGGAGGCAUUCAUCAGGUUCUUUGUCGAGACGGUGGGGCACUACUCCAACCACUUUACGCAGGCGUACGACGACUCACAGAAGUUCGACCGAGAGAGUUUCAUCAAGGCGGUGUCGUCCAAAAGCGUGCGGAACUUCCUGGAGGUGUUCAGCGAGACGCAGAUGUUCUCUCUCUUCAUCCAAGAGAAGGAGUCGGAGAGCGAAGGCAUCUCACAAGGUAAAGGGUUGUUUGAGAGGAGAGUAAGAGAAUUUGAGAAUGAGUCCAAGAGCAACUCAAAAAACAUCGGUGCUAAGAUGAAGAAGUUUGGAAAGGCUGUCAAAGAUAUCAAAGAUUCAGCCAAGACCGCCCAGAAGCGAAUGAAACAGAACUUCGAGGACAAGAUUUGACAAACAGCUUCCGAGACCCAGUCGUACGAACCUCGGGAGCCACUGAACUAUAAAGCUGUGCGCCGUGUGACGGGUCAUGACCUUCGACAUAUGGUCAUAUAACAUUGAGGACGCUGAAUGCGAUUGCAACGUGAUGUUGCCCAUGUGUUUCUACAUGCCCUGUUUGGCACGUGUUCAUGUCAAUGUUGACAAGGACGCUGAGUGAUGUCCGAUUGGAGUACUGAAGAAUGGGUAUUGCCUGAGGAUGCAGCAGUGGCGCACCUGACGUGUCAACAUCAGACAAACCUAGAGGAUCCCAAAGGAUCCCGAAGGCCACGGUCAACUUGGAGAUGAUGUCAAAAGCUUUUCACUCUUCAGCUUAGCAUGGUUUCUCCCGAGCCAAAUGCUAGAUGUGAACAUGUGUGCCAACAGGUUCAAGCCUAAAUAUUGCUAAGUUUCAAAGGCAUUGUUCUGUCCACCCUAGCGAUCUGAUGCUUCUUCUGAACCAAAUGCCAGAAAAGGAACAUGUGUGACAUCGGGUUCUGACGUCCAGAGUGUGUAAAAGGCCACUCACUCAUGUUUCUUAGGGGCAGCAGAAUGCCUGAUGAGCAAGAUGGAGAAUGUGUAUGAUGGUCAGUCUUGCGCCGCUCUGACCAGGGACGCCAAGCUUGGUUCAAACGUCAGGAUAGAAUCCACAUUUCUUUUGAGCUGACCAGAAGAUGUGAACGAGAUCCACGAUACAUCUGGAGGUCUUCCGUCAGCCAGUGGGUUCAACAGACUCCAAGCGACUUACCAAUGAGGCUAAACUCUUCAAUCCUGUCUCAUCGUCCUGUCAGGAUUCAGAAUAUUUGGGGCAUUGUCUUGACCAACUAGCGUAGUGACAAGACCAAUCUACUGUUGGCAUUUCUGAUGGUUGGUAGUGACACCAAGAGUUAACUUGCUGAUGACAACCAUGGGGCUGGAGUCACGGACUCGGAUAGUCAUUGCUGAGCUGCCAAGUAGGACUGACUCUCAGUAUUUCAAACUGAAAUUACAGAAAAUUUACGAUUUCAGGAAAAUGGUAAAUUGAUAAAUGUCUACUUUCUGUUUUAUUCUAUGUAAUUGAUUCUGAAAAGACUUAUUUUCUUUGCAAAAUUUCAAUCACCACAUGUGUGAGUUGUGAUUGAUGUAGUUGCCAAUGAUUCAGAUUGACCGCAACUCCUUCUCGCAGGGCAUUUUAUUGUCUGAGAGCAAAUUUGUAAUAGAAUUUUAGCAUUCAUUAUUUAUUGAUAACAAUUUUUAUGAAACAGGACUCAGAGAACUCUGUACGAGUUUGGGGGUUUGCCUAAAUCAUGACGAGACAUUGUCAGGGAAUACAAGAAGAGUUGUUCUUCCAUUAAUGAAAUUAAGAUUUGUAUGCUAGAGAUGAUUUGUUCCACUCUUUUCUAAUUUUAUUCAUGAUUCAGACUCAAUUUUUAUGGGAAAAAUAUCUCAGUUUCAUUCCUGGUUGUAAUGUUGCCUUUGUAGGCAGUGUUUGACAAGUUCUGUACGGAACUGAAACCCAUUGAUUACUAAUUGUAAACGUUUUAGUUGCACAAACUUUUACGAGUGUUGCGACAGGAAGCGUAAUAUUGAUAUGAUUACUUUUGAUUUGUACGAGUCUGUUUGAUAGAAGUCAUUGUAAGGGGUUCAUAGUGGGUGACUCAAUAGGAAGUUCUGCUGUGAUGUCACUGUUGAGAUCAAUGGUGUCCCUUGUGUCUGUCUGUUUGUCUGUUCUACUCUCUCUUUAUCUUCUCUUUCUUCAUCCCCUUUUCUGUCUUCUCUUUCUUCGUUCCUUUGUCUGUCU